GCCCGACACACCCAGCGGGAGAUAAAUACCACCCAAGCAGCAUGGACCAAUACAAUGAGACACGUGACUCGGGGCCAAUCACCUUUGAAGAUGUUGCUGUUUGCUUCUCUGAAGCGGAGUGGCAUUCGCUGGAGGAAUGGCAGAAGGAGCUUUAUAAAUCUGUGAUGAUGGACAAUUAUGAAGCAGUGUGCUCACUAGGUUUUCCAGUCAUGAGAUCUGACCGAAUAUCUGGGGAACAGAUGUAUGUGAAAGAAGAACCCAGGGAAUCCAGUUUUGAUUCUGAAGCUUUUCUGAAAGUAUCAAAGCUCAUGGACGUCUUCAGAAGAUUCAGCCAUCUCAAAAAAUACACAUCCCCCAAUCCACUAAAUUAUAAUCUUAAUGACAGAUGCAGGGACUUUCUACAUUCAGAUAUGUUUUAUCAUCAGCGUGACAGGCUGGCAGUGACUGGUCCUCAAAACCACAAGGAAUGCAUAAAUGUAAAUGAGUUCAACUUUACACAGGACAAAAUGCAUCUCAUUGGAACCAGUUGCCUAGGAUGCAUUUCUGGGCAUAAAUGCAAAAACCAAAUAUGUACAAAGCAUUUUCAAAAGAGAAAAGUGCCAGCUGUAUUUGGGGGAAGAUACCAGAAGCUGAACAAGCCCAAAGACAUCCAGACUAAAGACACUCAUUUCUUGUGCAGUAUCUGUAAUAAAUCAUUUAAUACAAUGACGCAUGUGGCACGAAAUAGCUGCAUUCAGAGUGGUGAGACCUUCUGUAGGGACUUUGGGAGAAGUUUUACUCUAUCAGAUAAUUUAAAACUUUGCUGUCACGUGCGCACUGGAAAAAAUGUUUUCAAUUCUUUGGAGUCUGAAAAGUGCUUAGUAAAGAGUAAUGCUCUUCAGAUGCUCUAUGAAGCCCAUAAACCAGAGGUGAGCAAGCAAGGAAGAAAAAUAAAAAGGAUGUUCAAUCGAGACUCUGGCAGCACCAUUAACAAUACCUCUAAAAAGGUACAUUGGUGUAAUGUUUGUAAGAAAAGCUUCAUCAAAUCCUAUAAUCUUAAAGUCCAUCAGAGAAUCCACACAGGAGAAAAACCAUACAAGUGCCUCAAAUGUGGCCAGUGCUUCUCCCUGAAUGCCAAGCUAAAGGUCCAUCGGACCACUCAUGCAGAAUGGGCUCAUGAGAUUAUCCGACUAAGGAAACCAAAAUCUGUGGCUCCAGCUGAGAAGUUGCACAAAUGUGAUGUGUGUGAGAAGCACUUCAGCAAGUCAUACACCCUAAAAGUCCACUUAAGAACUCAUACAGGAGAGAAACCGUAUACAUGUGAUGAAUGCCAUAAGAGCUUCUCAAAGAAUAGUAUGCUGACCGUCCACAAACGCACCCACAGUGGGGAGAAACCUUACCAAUGUAUGAUCUGUCUGAAGAGCUUCAAUGUCACCUCCCACUUAAAAGUCCACAAACGAAUACACAGUGGGGAGCGCCCAUACAAGUGCACAGAAUGCAUAAAAUGCUUCAGUGACUACUCAUCAUUGUGUAGGCAUCAAAAAAUACACUCUGGGGCAAAACCAUACCCGUGCAACAUUUGUGAUAAGAGUUUCCGUGAGAAAUCGCAGCUCACAGUGCACAAGAGGACUCACACAGGAGAGCGUCCGUACAAGUGCACUAAGUGUGAGAAGACAUUCAGUGACUGUUCUUCUUUAAUAGAACAUCGCAGGACUCACACAGGAGCUAGGCCUCACACGUGCCAGGUUUGCCAAAAGUCCUUUUCUAAGGCUUACACUCUAAAAAUCCAUUUCAGGGUGCACACAGGGGAGAGGCCGUACAAGUGUAACCAUUGCACCAGAAGUUUUAGCCUCGGAUACCACCUGAGGCUACAUGAGAAGACUCACAACUUGCAGUGCACUCCAUAACCAGAUAAUGACUGGAAACUUACCUGUUCAUUAAUAGGCGUUGUAUUAGUAUAAAUGCCGGCAUUUGUCUGAAACAAGUGUAGAGCUUAGUCUAAAUAAACACACAUAUGUCCUUGUAAAAUAUCACUUGCCCCAUUCCCAGCAGCUCUCUAACCAGUUUGUAGUGGGAAGAUCUUGCAAGUACUGGAUUCUGAUAGGUCCGCCCACAGGUCUCUUCACCUUCCUGAUAUCUGACAUUCAUGUAAAUAUCCGCUGCCCAGUGCCAGACAGUACAAUAGAGACUUCAUACCAGUAGUGACCUACAUAUACCUCUGCAUUAUAACUGGAGAAAUGUUCUAUAUACAAAUAUCAUUAGACGGACCAGUAGUGACCUACAUAUACCGCUACAUUAUAACUAGAGAAAUAUGUUCUAUAUACAAAUAUCAUUAGAUAGACCAGUAGUGACCUACAUAUACCGCUGCUUUAUAACUAGAGAAAUAUGUUCUAUAUACAAAUAUCAUUAGAUGGACCAGUAGUGACCUACAUAUACCUCUGCAUUAUAACUGGAGAAAUGUUCUAUAUACAAAUAUCAUUAGACGGACCAGUAGUGACCUACAUCUACCUCUGCAUUAUAACUAGAGAAAUAUGUUCUAUAUACAAAUAUCAUUAGAUGGACCAGUAGUCAACUACAUAUACCGCUGCAUUAUAACUGGAGAAAUAUGUUCUAUAUACAAAUAUCAUUAGACGGACCAGUAGUGACCUACAUAUACCGCUUCAUUAUAACUAGAGAAGUAUGUUCUAUAUACAAAUAUCAUUAGAUGGACCAGUAGUCAACUACAUAUACCGCUGCAUUAUAACUGGAGAAAUAUGUUCUAUAUACAAAUAUCAUUAGGCGGACCAGUAGUGACCUACAUAUACCGCUGCAUUAUAACUGGAGAAAUAUGUUCUAUAUACAAAUAUCAUUAGACAGACGAGUAGUCACCUACAUAUACCACUGCAUUAUAACUGGAGAAAUAUGUUCUAUGUACAAAUAUCAUUAGACAGACCAGUAGUGACCUACUGUACAUAUAACGGUGCAUUAUAACUGGAGAAAUGUGUUCUAUGUACAAAUAUCAUUAGACGGACCAGUAGUGACCUACAUAGGAGCACACCUGUGGCAGCUGAAUGGAGGUUCCUUUCCUGAGUGAAGCACAAACCAAGAGGGAGUGAUGACACUCUGAUCCGGUAUUGACCGGGAAGCAAAUUCGGUUUGGAUAAAGCAUUUUUUUAAAGCCGUAGCGGUUGUUCACCUAAGUAUACAGGUAAUACGCUGGAAGACACGGCUCAACUAAGGUACUGUCAUUUAAAUGCUGAUUUAAUUUCUGGGGUUAUGUGCAGAUAAUAGGAUGGAACACGCUGUGCUGAACAGGUCUUUGCCUCCAAUAUCAGGACACUUUGUUUUGAUGCUAUUGAAAUCUCUUUCACGAUAAAGCACCUUAAAGAUGGUGAUUUAAGCUCACAAACCAAGCCUAAUUAAGUCUAAAGUGGUGAAAUUGAAAGGAGGAUGCUUUUACCUCAGUUGAUGUAAAAUUUACCACAGCAUGAAACGCUUGACGUUUGUGCACAGUUUGUAAGCAAUGGCACAAUGUUGCAGCAAAAAUGUUAGAGGACGCUUUUACCUCGGAAAAUGUUGCAAGUAUUUGUAUACUAAUGUUGCAGUUGCUACUGUAAUUGUUUUAUGCUGUGUGAUGUCAUACUCAUUAUGGCAUUAAUCUAAAGAGGACGCUUUUACCUCGUGAAAUAGCUAUGACUAUACAUACAUGUGCAUAGCAGAAUGCCAUAAUAAUAUGACACUAUUUAAUCAUCAUCCAUAAUAUUUCUUGUUUCUAUCUUUGCUCCAAGUAAGGGUUGAUUACCCUGUCUUGUAUAUAAAUUUGGAAUAUAAUGCUAUCGUGUAUUAGAGUGAUGCAUCACUUAGUGAUAUACUGAAAUUUUGUUGUGAAUAAAUGUCUCUGUAUUUGACGACAA